AUGAGUAGGAUUGGUUCUGAGGCAGCUAUGGCUGUAGAUGGGAAUCCUGCAACUUGUGCGAUGACUGAUACAUUUGGUUCUAGUAGUAGUAAAAGUGAUAGGGCUUGGUGGUACGUGGAUCUGGGUAAUAUCUCCAGUGUAUACAGCAUUAGGAUACAGUUUCUGGACAUGGGUGAAGUUUAUGUCCUGAGGCAAAGGGGAAGAUUUGCUGGAUUUUCUCUCUAUCUCUCAAAUUCAACUAUAAAAGAGGACGGAUUUUUGUGCUACGAAGACGGACCAGAGUUACCUCCCUUAAAUUUCACGACCAACUGUUCAGGAUAUGGCCGAUAUGUCAUCUACUACAAUGAAAGGCUUAGUGGAAUAAAGUAUCCAACAGGAUAUGAAGCUAUGUCUAUCUCCCAGUUGUGUGAGGUGAUAGUGAGAGGAUGCUCUUCAGGAUGGUAUGGGGAAAGUUGUACAAUGAAUUGUCCUACUAAUUGCUUUGGAAAACUAUGUGAUAUUAUCAAUGUUUCUCGUCAAAUAGCUUGCCUUAACGGAUCGUACGGUCAGGAGUGUAACUUUCGAUGUUCAGAACAUUGCAAAGGUGGAAGGUCAUGUGAUCACGUGACGGGUAAAUGUGUCGAAGGAUGUGUUUCGGGAUGGACAGGAUUGAUGUGUAAUAAAGCUUGUGACAAGGGACGGUAUGGCUUGAAUUGUUCUUCCACCUGCAGUGGACAUUGCUUAUAUGACAAACCUUGUAACAAGGAAACUGGGCACUGUGACUCCGGAUGUAGUGUUGGAUAUACUGGGGAUUUAUGUCAAAAUGAAUGUACACCUGGGUGGUUUGGAGAGGGCUGUAAAGAGAGCUGUAGUGGACACUGUGCUGAUAAGGCUGUUUGUAAUUACCUAAACGGAAUUUGUCCUCAUGGAUGUGCCAACGGGUAUACCGGACAAAAUUGUACCACACCCUGUUCUCUCAAACACUACGGUAAAAAUUGUUCCAGUUUAUGUUCUUUAAAAUGCGCGGGUACAUGCAGACAUACUGAUGGUUUUUGUACAUGCAGUCUUGGUUGGAUGGAUUCUCCUAAUUGCAACACAAAUUUAACGGUAGCUGUACUCAGGGAUGUAAAGGAACAUUCUACGGUGAUAUUUGUGAUCAAGGAGGUGGAACUUUUCGUCUUCAAUCUCAAAGUUCGUCUGCUCAACCACUUACAAUUGGCGCAGUUUUAG